AGCUAGCGCCAAGUUUUCCCAGACACAUUUCAUAUGUUUAUCUCAUCUUCGCAGCUUGAAGCAUGGGACGAAAUAACGCAGUCAGUGUCCCUGGGAGUGCCGUGUAACGUUUUCGGGGUUUCAGGUCGCGUUUUGAAGACAAUUGAAGAAUGAUGAAUAACUAUAUUUUCAUCAGGGUCGUUGGGAAAGGGAGCUAUGGUGAGGUGAACCUGGUGAAACACAGGUCUGACCGAAAACAGUAUGUUAUCAAGAAGCUGAACUUAACCACCUCCUCUAAGCGGGAGCGACGUGCUGCAGAGCAGGAGGCGCAGCUCCUGUCCCAGCUGAGACAUCCUAACAUUGUGACAUACAGGGAGUCUUGGGAAGGAGAUGACUGCCAGCUGUACAUUGUGAUGGGUUUCUGUGAAGGUGGUGACCUCUAUCACAGACUUAAACAGCAAAAGGGGGAACUCUUACCUGAGAGGCAGGUGGUGGAGUGGUUUGUCCAGAUAGCCAUGGCACUCCAGUACCUGCAUGAGAGGAACAUUCUUCACCGAGACCUUAAAACACAGAACAUCUUCCUGACAAAAACCAACAUCAUCAAAGUUGGGGACCUUGGCAUUGCACGAGUGUUGGAGAACCAGAAUGAUAUGGCCAGCACACUCAUAGGAACCCCUUACUACAUGAGUCCUGAACUCUUCUCCAAUAAACCCUAUAACCACAAGUCAGAUGUUUGGGCCCUGGGCUGCUGUGUGUAUGAAAUGUCCACACUUAAACAUGCCUUCAAUGCCAAGGACAUGAACUCACUUGUUUAUCGAAUAGUAGAAGGAAAGCUGCCACAGAUGCCCAGCAGAUACGAUCCCCAGCUUGGAGAUUUGAUCAAGAGCAUGCUGUGUAAGAGACCUGAGGACAGGCCUGAUGUCAAACUUAUCCUCCGGCAACCCUACAUCAAAAGACAAAUUGCCAUGUUCCUUGAUGCCACCAAAGAAAAAACUGCCAAGUCAAGAAAGAAAGCGGCGAGUGGCAGUGGCGAUUGUAGAGCGAACAGUGCAUUGUCUGUAGUGUCACCUCAGCCAAAACCCAAGAGGCUGCCUCCAAGUCCUCAGGCUGAACCUAUUGCCAGGGUGAAACAGAAAGAAGAGAAAUCACAGCAGCAUAAAGUUUGGAACGGCGUCACAGACAUCACUCCAGUCCAAACACCUCCACCACCCAAACCUUCUUCACCUGAUGCCCUCAAAGGCAGCCUUGCAUCCCUGGCAACCAUCAGCAACAUCAACGUUGAUAUCGAACCGCAGGAGGAUGAGGGCCUGUUGAAGAGACAGGUGCAGAGGCCCCAGUCAGUUGUGUCUCAUCACCAGGCAGGUAAUGAACAUGUGACUCAGAGUGUGCACAAAGACAGCAAGGGAAGAGGGAAACCGGAUCCUUCUCCCCCUACUUCCCCCCUUAAGCUCCCUCUGAAGUCUGCAUCAGGUGUUGCCAGUAGGGGAGGGGACGAGAGAAGGGCACCCAAUGGAUUGUUAGACAUUCAGCCACAGGCCACGCCAAACACUGGGGAUACAUUUUCUGUCUUUGGGGAGAAGCAGAUGUCAGAUGUGGAUGGUAAGGAUGACACCAUGGAGUUACUUCAAGAGGCUGACAUGCAGAACCCAAAGCUAGAAGCGAAGAAAGGGGCUGUUUUUUCUAUCGCUGAAAGGAGAUCUGCACUCAAAUCUAACAUAGAAAAUGUGUUUCUGGAUGCGAAUAUGGACAAUAAAAAUGGCACCGUUACUCUUCUCAAGGGAGUGCCACUACAGCACCUACAUAACUCAGACAUCCAAGAAAGCUUAGAAUCUACUGAGAAGCUGUUAGAGCCGUUCCCUCCAACACUGGAACCUGAUCAGGAGCAAACUCCCUGCCCAGUCAGUAAGCCGGGUUUGACCGCUCCAUGCCAAACUCCCCUGCAGUUUUCAUCGGAACCUUCUAUAUCACAGCAACACAGAACGAGAGACACAAGAUGGACAGGGGGUGAUCAGGACAAGUCCAAGGUGGCUGCUCCUAGACCUUUACCUCCACCUCCUGUUGAGAGCAGAGCUGUGGAGGGGAGGAAGAGGAACAGGAGGAAUACAGAGAGCAAGAGGGCUGAUGUGGCUGCAACCUCCACUUCAGCUAGUUCCUGUAAGGAGGGAUUCUUAUCAGUGCCACAGGAUCGUCCCCUGUCUGCCAGAGAGAGAAGAAGACUGCGACAGUCUCAAGAGAGUAGCAGUCAAACAGCACUUUCCUCAGGUGUUGAUGCUGUAAGAAGGAGAUCUUAUGAUGUCACUUCCACCAAGGCUGAGCACUGCAAUGCCCCAUUUACCAGAUCUGUUUCCGACUCUGUCACUGGGACCAGCAGUAAGCAGGAGAAGUUGCCGGAGCGAAGGUCAGAUGACGAUGAGUGCAACUCAUCCACGAGUUCCACAGAGCGUUCAGAGGGAGACUGCAGGGAGAGGAAGACUGAAUCCAGUGACAUGCAGGAUUUAGUCCACAUGAUGACCCAAACUUUGAGAAUGGAUAUUGGAGACGGUGUGAGCGAGGUGGACAAAAGCAGAUUUGGCUCUACUGCGCUGCCAGAGUUUAAACUGAACAGGAAGUACAGGGACACCCUGGUGCUUCAUGGGAAGGCUCGAGUGGAUGCAGAAAACUUGUCUCUUGGUGAAAUACCAAAAGGCUCCACAUCUGGUCCAGCCAAGAUAAGGAGAGCCGUAGAACACCUGAGAACAGAUGUGGUGAAGGGUCUGGGGGUCAAGCUGCUGGACAAAGUGCUGGAAAUCAUGGAAGAGGAGGAUGACACCAAACGAGAACUGUACCUUCGUGAUGAGAUGGGGGAUGAGAAGUACCAAGCUUAUGCUGUGAUGGUGAGGCAGCUGAAAUUCUUUGAGGAUAUUGCCUUCAAGGUUUAGUGUAUACAAGGGAGCAUACACUUUUGCAUUUGCAUUUUCUUUUCACUACUUAUGAGAGGUGGCUCACAAGAGGAAAUCAUUUUGAUAGUGUCGAUACUUCGAAACUUCUACUAAAGUGAAAAUCGGUCUAUGUUUUUCAUGAAGAUGAAUUUGUCUCCUGUCAAGACCACCUUGUGUGGCAUUGCCACCUUCUUCCUCCCACUUGGAAGCAACCUGCAUCUCAUUUGACGCAGGUUUUGUCAUGGGAUUACCACAACACAGCCGACUUUAUGGAAUGACAUGUUAAAUAUGUAAAUUUUGUUCACCUCAUUCCAGUACAAACACAGAAUUUGAAAUGAAUCCUGGAUUUUUCAGGAUAACUAUGCAAAGAUUUAGGUUGUGGUAUAGCAUUGUGUCUUUCUACUCGCUGGACUGGGUACUCAUUUGUUUAUUUAUAAUGCAAGCCAGAAUUUCAAUAAUUGUUUCACCUGUUGCAUCUUUGAAGAUAUAAGAUCUCACUUGUGCAGCUCUUUUGUAUAUUCUUAUACACAAAAUUAUGUAAUGUAGAUGCAUUGUAGAUAUUAACAUUUUAAUUAUUUCUAAUAAAUCCUAAAUGUUUUUUUGUUUCCAUCCAUUUUUCAUAAUCUUGAGAACAAAAAUAAAACAAGCAUUCGG